UAUAUCCACACACCUGUAUUUGAGACAGAAUAUAAUGUGUGUUACUUUAACAACGUAGUGACUUAAAUCAAGAUCAUUUCUAAAGGGAAUAUUGUAUCAAAUGCUCAACAGUGACUUUACAGUGAACUUAUACUUUCCAUAAUGUACAGUAAUCCUUGCAAUGUGAACUUUAGUUGUGUUAAUUGGUUUGGUAUCCCUCUAAAAUAUAAUUGCAGCGAUUCGGAUUGAUUACAUUCUUUUAAAACGACGCCAUCCGUGUCCUCUUGGUCUCAUUGGAAACAAGGCAUAUUAACUCACUCUAUUUUUAGUUUGUAUUGCCAUUUUACGUCUUUUAAAUUAAUGUAAACAGAUUUGUUUUUAAAAAACACACUAAUGACAGCAUCACCAGUGACGUUCACAUGAAGAGAGGCAGUGACUUGCGCUAAAACGGAGCGCAGCUCUGACGCGUUUUCUGGCGCACACAGAUAUAAGACCCGCCGCGCACCAAAAGCCCAGAAGAGCAGAAGAGACGCCACAGGACAGCGCACAAAUCUCCCUCGAACCAUCUGGGAAUUAUGCAUCCUAACUUAGUGAGCUGGCUGGGGACUCUGGGGUUCCUGCUGUGGGCGCUGCUCUGCCUGGGCACCUUGACGGAGGGAUACCCGGUGAAACCGGAGAACCCUGGGGAGGACGCCCCGGCGGAGGAGCUGGCCAAGUACUACUCAGCCCUGAGACACUACAUCAACCUCAUCACAAGACAGAGGUAUGGGAAGAGGUCCAGUCCUGAGAUCCUGGACACACUGGUCUCAGAACUGCUGAUGAAGGAAAGCACAGACGCUCUUCCACAGUCAAGAUAUGACCCAUCAUUGUGGUGAUGUCAUCAGUGUUCACUUCAUACCCUCCUACGCCCAAAGACCACCCUGCCUCUGCCCUUUUACCUCGAUGAGCCGCCACGUAUACUCAACCCCUCCUCCUUACCCAUCAGCUACAGUCAAGACUGCUUCUAGUAUGUGCCAUAAAUUGUAAAUAGUUUAUUCAAAGCCGCCAUCUGUGAAUCAUACAAGUAAAGAGGGGGAGGGGCAUGUUGAUUGUAUUGUAUAAUU